AUGUCAAAACUCCAUUCCCCCAUCACAGGGAGGCGGGGACUGGUUGACCCGUCGCGUCCACAUCUGGCUGGGACGACUAUUGACGGCUGCGGCUAUCGUCAACGGCGCGACAGGCAUUGUGCCGGGCAACAACAGCCCCGGUGGCGGAAAAGGCUACCGCGGCGCGGCCGGACUCGUCGGCGUGACCUACAUCGUGGUCCUGGUGCUGUGGUACUGGAACAGAGAAAGCAGAAUCGUGAAGAGGUGAAGGCGAUGACGGGGUUGCCCACGGCGCCGCGGAGCAUCGUCAACAUUGCCGGUGCGGCGAGCUACUCAAUCUAUCGGAAACACAGGACUCGCGAGCUCUGCCUGGCUGGAGAUCUUCAAGAUGACAUCCCUCCCUACGCCAUCCUCCCGCAUACUUGGGCAGACGACAGUGACCAGGUUAUUCAUGAUGAUCUACAACAUAAAUCGUUUAUGAAUAAUGCUUGCUUUGCGAAGAUCCGGUUCCGCGGCGGACAAGCGAAGAAUGACAACCUAGAAUACUUCUGGAUGGACACCUGUGGUAUUAAUAAAGCUACAAACACGGAAUACUCGGAGGCGCGGCUGGAUAGUAGGAGUACACUCGAACAGCAGAUCCACGAGAUUACGGACAUUCUCAUUGCUGCCCUCCGCGCCACUCCCUUAUCUCAGUUUAGUGUGGUGAACGCAUAG